CGCCGCCUGCUAGUUCCCCGCCUCCCCUUCUCCCGCACCCCCGAGCCCGGGACCCUCCUCUCCCCUCCCUGGAGGGGAGAAUGGCUAUGGUGACCGGCGGCUGGGGCGGCCCCAACGGGGACACGAACGGAGUGGAGAAGGGCGGCUACCCCCGCACGUCGGAAGAGGACUCGGCCUCGCCCCAGGGCGGCGGCAGCGACCCGGAGCCGGGCGACGAAGACAAGCCCGGGCUCCAGGUGGACUGCGUGGUCUGCGGGGACAAGUCCAGCGGCAAACAUUACGGCGUCUUCACCUGCGAGGGCUGUAAGAGUUUUUUCAAGCGGAGCAUCCGGCGGAACCUCAGCUACACCUGCAGGUCCAACCGAGACUGCCAGAUCGACCAGCACCACCGGAACCAGUGCCAGUACUGCCGUUUAAAAAAGUGCUUCCGGGUCGGCAUGAGAAAGGAAGCGGUACAGCGGGGCCGGAUCCCCCACACGCACUCGGGGGGCAGCCCCACAACCCUGGCCGGAGGAGGGGGUGGGGAGUACUUCAAUGGGCAGCCGGUGUCGGAGCUGAUCUCGCAGCUGCUCCGGGCGGAGCCGUACCCCGCAGCCCGCUACGGCUCCCAGUACGCCCAGCAGCAGGGCAGCGUCAUGGGCAUCGACAACAUCUGCGAGCUGGCCGCCCGCCUCCUCUUCAGCACCGUGGAGUGGGCCCGGAACAUCCCCUUCUUCCCCGAGCUGCCCGUGGCCGACCAGGUGGCCCUGCUGAGGCUCAGCUGGAGCGAGCUCUUCGUCCUCAACGCCGCCCAGUCCGCCCUUCCCCUGCACAUGGCCCCCCUGCUGGCCGCCGCCGGCUUCCACGCGGCGCCCAUGGCCGCUGACCGCGUGGUCUCCUUCAUGGACCAGAUCCGGGUCUUUCAGGAGCAGGUGGACAAGCUCAACCGGCUGCAGGUGGACUCUGCAGAGUACAGCUGUCUCAAGGCCAUCGCCCUCUUCACGCCAGAUGCCUGCGGCCUCUCGGACCCGGCGCACGUGGAGAGCCUGCAGGAGAAAGCCCAGGUGGCCCUGACGGAGUACGUGCGCGCCCAGUACCCCUCGCAGCCGCAGCGCUUCGGCCGCCUGCUCCUCCGGCUGCCCGCCCUGAGGGCCGUGCCCGCCGCCCUCAUCUCCCAGCUCUUCUUCAUGCGCCUCGUGGGCAAGACGCCCAUCGAGACGCUCAUCCGGGACAUGCUGCUGUCUGGCAGCACUUUCAACUGGCCCUACGCCGCUGGGCAGUAGGGGGCCGGCCAGGCCGAACCCAGGCCCCUGUCUGUCGGGGGACGCGGCCUCUGCCCUUCGCAUGUUGGGACCAGCGCAGAGGGCCGGGCUCCCUCCUCGACCCGGGGGCCGGAUGGACCUUUAGGACUCGGUUAUUUUUUAGAAGGCAAAUGAAAUCACUUUGCCCUUUUUGUUUGUUCGUUUUUUUUUUUUUUUUUAAUGACAACAUAAAACCAAAAAGACCCUCCCUCCCCGGCCUGGGACUCCAGAGACGCUCUCCCUGCCCGUCGGUGCCCUCCGUCCGUCUGCGCCCAGGAGCCAGCGCGCCUGUGAAGCUCCCGGGGUGGGGAAGCCCGCCGGGCGGGGGCCCGCCUGCUCUCACCCCUUCCUUGUCUCCCCAGAUGCAUGUCCUGGGCCAUAUCCCAGAGCUACCGAGGCGGCACAGGGAGGCCGGCUUCUCCUGGCAGACCCCGGGGGCUGAGGCGAGGGGGGCAGCGGGGGCAGGGCUUGCCCCGCCUCCUCCCUUCUGCUCCCAGGCUGGGGGGCGGCCCCGGCCAGGGAGGCACGAGUAUGUAUAAUUUAGAUUGAUUCUCUAAAAAUAUAAUCCUCGCUGGACACUACAAAAUGAAUGACCUAAAGCCAAUAAAGAUGUUUCUUACCACA